AUGUACACGAAUCCAGCAUUUUGCCAGGAUGAAGCGACUUAUAAUCGACCACUUCAAACAACCCCAACUAUUGUUAAGAGUUCCCCAGCUCGAGUGCAUCGAAGCGAGUCGAUUCGUUCGUUUCAUUCCGUUGCGUCCACUAAUCGGUCGCUCAGAAGUGGAAUACAAAGAAUGAAUAGUGGUUUGAAUUUAAAUUGCAGUCACCAUCAAUUGCAUCAAACACAACAACUUUCGCUGCCACCCAGACCCGGGCCAAAGCCGAUUUCUAAUAGAGUUGUUGAAGGAAAUGUUGACCCACCCAAAGUUCCACCAUACCCAACUGGUAGCCGUUAUGGAUCAAUUUCUGAUGUCAAAAAUCAAUCAACAAGUGGCCGCUAUGCUUUAGUACCAGUGGAAGAUCUUAAUAGCAGUAAGCAAGGUCGAUAUGCGGUUCUUCCAGCCCAAACUGCUUCCAGAUACAUCAGCAAAAGUCAAGAAAAUUUGGACCAGUUUGAAAACGACGGCGAUGAAUUACCUUUUAAUUAUUCUGACCAGUUUACGAGUUUACCGCCAAUUUCAUCGCCUAAGAAUGAAGGUGGCAUGAUUCCAGCUUUCUCUACUGAUUUUGGAAGUAAAUCAUUUAUACUUUUUGACCAAAAGAAUCAACAACGAUAUGCUGUUGUUCCCACUGAAGAAAAUGAAGAAAUUGUUGAUGAUAAUCAUGAAAUCAUUCAAAUGCAUAAUGGAAAAGCUCAUCGUUAUGCUGUCAUUCCAACUGAUGAAGAAGAAACAUGUCUUAAUGGAGAUUUUGACAAGCCUGUGCCUCCCACAUAUUCGGUUACAAUGAAUCGUCGGACGUCACCUCAACGAACUCCGCAGAAGCAUCAUUUGCAGCAGAAAUAUUCUGAACCUUUACCUUCAACACCAAAGAAAAAUCUCGCUACUCAGAAGCUUCACGAACAUUUGAUGACUCCACAAAAACAGUCGCCAUUUAUUCGGCAACAUUCCACACCACUUUCACAACGGAAUUCACCAUACCGAGUGAGAGCCCAUCAUGCCAGCAAUCCACGACUCGUGGCCAAUGGCGAUUUCACUCCACAACGUCUACAAUAUGAUCAAAAAAUGCGAAUGGCUUCGUCGACGACAUUAAAUCUUGAGCAAAGGACAACAGCUGUUAUUCAACCACGAUUGAACACAACAACAGCAGCAGCUGCCUCAAUCUACAACGAAACAACAACGACAACAUCGACUAACAAUGAAAGCAUUGAAAAGCCAUGGAAUAAGAAUUUAGAAUCGCACAAACAUGCUAUUGCAACGAUUGGCUUCAUUUCAUUGUUAUUAAUGUUUUGUGGCGUCAUCAAUUCAGGAUUGUUCAUUUACAUGACCAGCAUGUCGAGUAUCACCGCACUUUAUACUGGUCGGUCACUGUUUCUCGACAUUGGCAUUCUAUCAGGAUUUGCUACUGUUGCCUUAAGCUUUCUGGGAUUCAAAUUCCGAUACAGCGAUUGGUUUCCCAACAGGAAUUACAUCUCAGGCUUCAUUUUAGUGACGUUUUUCGCUUUAAUGAACUGUUGCGGUCUUCUGGUUUUACUUAUCGUGAAACCAAUAAAGGGAACGCCCAUUCAUGACGUUUCUACUGGCAUCAGUUCAGCAUUGUCAUCUCUUAUCCUGCUUUUCAUUAGUUUGGGAGUUAUCGGCUCUAAGUUAUGCCAAGCUCCACCUGCUGAUAACAGAGUCGAUGUCUAUUGA